UGUUUUCGCGCAUGCGCGGCGGCCCAUCUGGCGAGACUGACGAGCAGUAAUAAGCGCGCGUCGUCCGGCGUUGUAGGCGUGGAAAAUGGCGCUGUGCUGUGCAAUUUCCAAUGAGGUGCCGGAGCACCCAGUUAUAUCACCUGUCUCAGGCUCGAUAUUCGAGAAACGACUUAUCGAGAAGUAUGUGACUGAGAAUGGAGUGGAUCCUAUCAACGGCAAGGAGCUCACUGUUGAACAGCUCAUUGAUGUCAAAGCGAGUCCAAUUGUCAAGCCGAAACCGCCUAGCGCAACUUCUAUUCCUGCGAUAUUGAAAAAUCUGCAAGACGAAUGGGACGCCGUUAUGUUACACACGUUUACGUUGCGACAGCAGCUUCAGGCCGCCAGACAGGAGCUGUCCCACGCUUUGUAUCAGCACGAUGCAGCUUGUCGCGUGAUCGCUAGAUUGACUAAGGAAGUUACCGCUGCCAGGGAAGCUUUGGCCACUCUCAAACCACAGGCUGGAAUUGUUCAGCCGACUGCAAUUCCACAGCCAGCUGUGGCAGUGGAGGCCGGCGGCACUGCCGCUCAACCGAUGGAACAAGCCGGUAUUACCGAGGAUGUGAUUCAGAAGCUUCAGGAGCGCGCGACCGUUCUCACUCAGGAACGAAAGCGACGUGGACGAUCAGUGCCGGAGGAUCUGAUGCCGCAGGACAACAUUCGGUCGUUCCAGACUCUUGCGUCUCAUCCUGGACUUCACUCUGCCAGCGUGCCCGGAAUCCUCGCGCUCGAUAUUCACAGUGGUGACACCAGCAAGAUUCUAACGGGUGGCGCUGACAAGAAUGCCACUGUGUUUAACAAAGAUACCGAGCAAGUGGUUGCUAUUCUGAAAGGACACACGAAAAAGGUUACGCGAGUCAUUUACCAUCCGGAAGAAGACGUAGUGAUGACCGCGUCACCUGAUACGACGAUUCGCGUGUGGAACGUCGGUACCAGCCAGACGACUUUGCUGCUCAAGGCUCACGACGCUCCGGUCACCGGAUUAUCCCUGCACCCGACCGGCGAUUAUCUACUGAGCUCGUCUCUGGACCAACACUGGGCUUUCUCGGACAUACGCACUGGCAGAUUGCUAACUAAAGUGGCCGGACAAGUGGGGCAACCGUUGACCACGGCACAAUUCCAUCCUGACGGCCUGAUCUUUGGUACUGGCACGGCAGAUUCACAAGUGAAAAUCUGGGAUCUGAAGGAGCAGUCGAACGUGGCAAACUUCCCAGGUCACACUGGUCCGAUCACGGCUAUCAGCUUCUCCGAAAAUGGAUACUACCUGGCAACGGCUGCGGAGGACUCGUGCGUCAAACUUUGGGACUUGCGCAAGCUGAAGAACUUCAAGACACUGCAGUUGGAGGAGGGUUACGAAGUCAAGGACAUUUGCUUUGACCAAAGCGGCACAUAUCUGGCCGUGGCCGGAACGGAUGUCAGGGUAUAUCUCUGUAAACAAUGGCAAGAACUGAAAGUCUUGAACGAUCACACGGCGGCAGCCACCGGUGUUCGCUUUGGAAAGCACGCGCAAUACAUUGCCUCCACCAGUAUGGAUAGAACACUGAAGCUCUACGGAUUAUCGUAAAUCUCUAGAAGUAAACAAAUUUUUGUUAUUUAAUAUCCAAUUAGGUUACUCCAUAAUGUAUCUAACAAACUCGAAUAAUCUUGACUUAGUUUUUUGAGUUUCACAAAUUUCUUGAAUUCUGACUCGAUGACUAAACGUGAUAAGUUUGAAGAAACAAUGAUCGCUACAUAAAGACUCUCAGCAAAAAAAGAAAUGUACAAAGCGUGAAUAUUCGUAAGGUCCAUUUUAUGCUUCACAUUUAAAGCAGAUUUUAUGUAUUAUAGAUCGAAAAAGCGUGUUUUACCCGAGCUUUCUGCUCGAUCUUUCAAGUGCGAAUUUUUCGAUUCAAUCGUAAAAUCAAAAAUGUCACUUUGUUCUAUGCAGUUUUUGUUUGCGACUCGAACAGAACGCGAUCGUUCAAUGACGAGAGAUAUAUUUGUAAUCCUUAAGUCACACAUGCGACUUCUGGAGAAUAAAUAUUUUAUACAGUAGCAGCAUA